GACGAAGGAGUUGGGUUACCGGUACAUAUGGAUAGACUCCUUGUGUAUCAUUCAAGAUGACGUACAAGAUUGGAUAAGGGAGUCAAAGCUCAUGGCCCAGGUGUACAAAAACGCCGACCUUGUCAUUGCAGCUACGUCCGCGGCGGCUGCAGAUGAUGGGUUUCUCACAAAAGGACGUCCCCCCUUUCGUCAGGGCACCAUAUCAAUAGCUGUGCAGAAUUCUGACAAGCCAACAAAAUUUUAUUAUCGGUUAGCUCCGCCUCACAAAAACCGAGAAGGGCCACUUGACGAGAGAGCCUAGGCGUUUCAGGAACGACUCCUUGCACGACGUUAUCUUUCUUUUCGGUCGUGUGAAGUAGCAUGGUAUUGCCAAACGACAAUGCACUGCGAGUGUGACAGUGCCGAGAUCCAUGAUGACCACCGUAAAUAUAGAGAACGAAGCAUAGAGAUGCUAUUUUGGCACAACACUACAGCACAAGAUCUACACAUGAGAUGGCGGCAAGAUAUUGUUGGCUUUUACACUCGGCGCAAGCUCACACGAUCCUCGGACAAGAUUAUAGCUCUAUCGGCCAUAGCAGAGUCAUUCCAGACUAAGCUCAAGAGCAAAUACCUGGUCGGUCUUUGGGAGCAAGACUUGAUCUUGGACAUGCUAUGGAGUGCUGGGGACCCGGGGCUCCGCGAGUCUUAUCAGGUACCAACAUGGAGUUGGGUAGCUUGUGCGGGUUGGACAUACUACCCAUUACUCAUUCAACAUAAUGUAGUGAGGCUUGCUACAUUAAUCAGUUUUCAUAUAUCUCAUACGACGUCAGGGCCACCGGGUAUACCAGACUUUGGCUCUGUUAUAUUGAGAGGCAAGUUAGCUCGAGUCACCAUCAAACACGAACCUUCUGCGGAGAUACGUAGCCAGAGCGGCCCCUUUAAAGUCGACGUAUUAGACUAUAAAGGAUUGACCUCUUGGAUAGCCAACCCCGAUAUCUUCCCACCCACACUCUCGGGGCAUUCAACAUGCUGCGGAACUACGGACGUGUGGCAUCCAGGACAAUUAAAAGGCCACCUUUACUUUGUCCGGGUUUUGUUUAUGCCAUUUUACCCCGAAGAACGCUGCCUUUAUGGAAUUAUAUUGAUACCAUCACCUCAACGCCACCCGGCUUAUAAUCGCAUGGGUAUAGUUAUGUUCUACUUGCGUUAUAAGUACGACGAUAUCAAAAAGGCAUUGCAUUUAUGGGACGAUGAGCAUAUCACUAUCACUUAAAAAUCAUCAAUGGGUAUAUUCCGUCUCCCACAUGUGUGCAGUGUCAAGCUGUCUCCCUCCCUUCCACUCCCACCCAUUUCGUUUACAGUUUCCUUUUCGAUGUGGUGCUCUGGGAGCUUGGGCGCUGCGGCAGCCA